AAGGUUUUCCUAAAAAUAUAACCAACAACAAGGGGAAAAAAAGAUACCCGGAUCCCAAGGAUCUCACCAUGGUGCUGAACACCUUCGACACCAGUUUCCUGGACUUUCUGAGAAAGUGUUUGGUCUGGGAGCCUUCUCUUCAUGACCAGGCCCUCAAGCAUGCUUGUAUUCAUGAGCCGCGGAACCUCAAAGGACAGCCCAGGCUUCAGACCUUGAGGAAAACCAGUCUCUGUUUCCCUUCUGAGGCCAGGAAGGACAAGGUUCAAGGGUAACAUCACUUGGGCAAAAAAGAGGUGAUCCUUCAAAUAGAGACUAAAGACAAAAUCAAAGAAGGCGCCACUAAACAGGAUCAGAAUUCAGGUAAUCAGUAGGGCUCUGACCAGCACAUAGCUGAAGUCCAGCUGCCUCAUCUAGCAGAAGCUUCCGGAAAGCCUGAGGCAGUCGUUGGGCCAGCGGAGUCCAAGACCUCCACAGGACAACAAAACAAAAACUGCUCCCCCAGGAACACAAACACUUUACCACCUAUUGUGUGACCUGAGCGGAGGGUGUGUCCUGUUCCUUUCCACCAGUGAUUUGUGUUAGAGACAGCACUUAUA